AACAAACAAACAAACAAUGCCAGCCAAAAACGAGAGUCAUCCACAUGUGAUUCAUCGUCGUAUUAUUAUUAUUAUUAUUGUGAUAAUGAUCAAUUUAGCUUUUGUUAAUUUCAAUUCAAUGAUUGAUUUCCUUUCAUUCUCAUAUGUUUUGUGAAUUUUACAUUCAACAAUCACAAAACAUUAUAUCAAUAAUAGCCAUCAACCGAGAAAAAAAAUGGCAUUGAUAAAUCAGGAUGUUGUUGUUAUCAUCAUCAUCAUCAUCAUUGGCUUCAUUGACAAUUCAAUAUUAUGGAAACUUGAUACAAUUUUGCUUGAUUAUUAUAGCAAAUAUAAAAUUCAAAGAGCGAGCAUUUUUUUAAUAGUUUGAUAGCUCGGAAAUGUUUUUCUCUGGUCGUCGGUUGUGUUUGUUGAGAACCGAAUGUGUGUGUGUGUGGUACAAAUAAAUUUUUUUUUUUUUUGUAACAAUGUUAUGGCCUAAUAUUGAAAAUCUUGGUUAUUAUCAUGGCCGUUUAAAUCGUUUAGAAGCGGAAAAACUUCUUGCACAUGAUGGACAAUUUUUACUUCGAUAUACUGUACAACAAGUGAAUAAUAAUGAACAAAAAUUAUUGGUUCUAUCCUGUCAACAUGGUAAUCAACAUUUACAUUUUAUAAUUCAUGAAAUCAUCAUUGAUGACAUUGGAUGUCGAAGAUUUUAUUUCGAAAAUGAAUCAUUUACUACUGUAUCAGAUUUAAUUAGCUAUCAUGUGAUUAAUCGAAUUCCAAUAACCAUUGAAUCUGGUGCCAUUAUUAUUGAACCGAUUGAAUACCGGUUGGAUUGUCGAAUGAUUACAGCUAUUCGAUUGGAUGACUCAAAUGAUGACCAAACAACAACAUCCGUUGUCAAUGUUUUACUUGAACAUGAUGCUGAAUUUUUGGCCAAAUAUUUACUCAAAACUAAUAUUCGAUUCAUAAUGAGUAAAUGUAAAAUUGUUGGAAUAAAUGAAUCAAUGUGUUCGGGUCUUGAAUUAAUGCUGUUGCCUGAAGGAUCACAGCUUCGAAAAGAUCUUAUUAUUCGACAUGAAUGUCUUAAAUAUUUUGUCAUAACAACUAUUUUAAAACAAUCGGAUCAAUCAAAACAAUUGGAAUUGAUACGAAAAUGGAUGGAUAUUGCCAAUCAAUUAGAGAAUAGUAUACAUGAUCAUUUUGGUUUCGGUUCAAUCAUGUUUGGUCUUUGUUUUCCAAGAAUACAGGAUUCAACAAUGUGGAAAAUUUUUGGACAAAAACAUGGUGAAUACAUUCGUUUGUUUGAGAAUAAUCUUCGCUUUAAAUUCACUAAUUAUAUGAACAAUGCUCGAAUCUCAUCAUCACCCGAUUCAUGUUUACCGUUUAUCAUUCAACUUUGUCAUAUUAUUGAAUGUUCACAUAUUGUCGAUACGAAUUUGUUGCCCAAACUAACCGAUGAUAAAUUCGAUGAAUCUCUACUAUUGGAAUAUGAUAAACAAAUUGGCCUGAAUAAUUUUGGUUUCGAUGAUAUAAUCGAAUUAACUGAACUUAGUAAUCAGAUUAUUGAAAAUCUCGAUCAAUUUGAUCAUAAUUGUCAAUCGAUAUUUUUACGAUCCAAUUCUAAUCACCAACAGGUUGAUACAAAUGUAGAUCGAUUAUUUCGUACGGAUUUUCAUGUUCGAUUUUUAUUUGACCAUAACCACCAUAAACAUCAACGAACAAAUGAAAAACCAAAAUUAAGUUCAGAAGAUUUUUAUCGUCUUGAAUUAAGUUUGAAUGAUGAUCAUCAAUUUGUUGGUUGUGUGAAAUCAAGAAAUUUUAUUUUUAAAAUUUUUUUAUGAAUU